GCGUCAAACCAUGUCAAAAUUUAGAUGAAUCACAUUUUGUUAUUUUUAAAAAUUUUAGUAAAAUUCAGCCAAAGUGGCACUUAAAAGUGGACGGUACCAAACAUGGGAUGUAAAAUGUGUAAAAGAAGGGCAAAGAACAUUCCUAAAGAGCCUAGAUACAAAAGGCUCUAUUUUUAUUUGCAAGCAGAAAAAGAGUGCUUUAGACAUCAUGGUCGAAGCAAAUAGGGUUAUGCAAGUGGAAAAACUAUUACGUGAUAGAAAUAUAAUAUUCGAUGUUACCUCGACCGAUACAGUUGUUAGACCGAACAGUCCAAAUAACACGUCGUUAUCAAGACAAUCGAAAUCACCUCAAAAUCCUUUUCAAAGGCGUACUUUGGACUGGAAAGAUUAUUAUCCUCUUAACGUUGUGUAUAAUUUUUUGGAGAAUUUGGAAGUUCAAUAUCCAUCUACCUGCACCGUUACUAGCAUCGGUCGUUCUGUUGAAGGGAGGGAUAUAAAAAUGUUAAAAAUUUCAAACAGUGACGCUACCAACACCGGUGUGUGGUUGGACGGUACGAUACAUGCGCGGGAAUGGAUCAGUACGUCUGUUGUGACCUAUAUCGCGGAUCACAUAGCAAAAAACUUUAAUAAUCUACCGAAGAGUAUAACAAAUAAAGACUGGUUUAUCGUUCCUGUCGUGAAUCCAGACGGCUAUUAUCACUCGCACUUACACGACAGGAUGUGGCGGAAGAAUAGAGCUCGAGUGGAUAACACAAUUGUUGGAGUAGACUUGAACAGGAAUUUUGGAUAUAAUUGGGGGCGUAGUGGAUCUGAAUGCUCUUCAGGAGAUCCGUAUCACCAAAAUUUCCGAGGUAUCGAGCCAUUCUCCGAGCCUGAAUCAGCUGCCGUUAAGAAUUUAAUACUAUAUUCGACAACUCCGUUCAAGAUAUUCAUCACAUUUCAUGCGUAUAGCGAGUUGAUUUCCUUUCCUUGGUGUUUCACCAAUGAACCUUGUGCCGAUUAUGUGAAGCUGUUGGAGGGAGGCACGGCGAUGGCUAAGGCAAUGUAUGAAACAAACGGUCGUAUGUAUAAAGUUGGAAAUUUCAAAGAUCUCAUGUACUUGGCUGCUGGAACUAGUGUUGAUUGGAGCUAUGGCACCGCGCACAUACCGUUCUCUUAUCUCGUCGAACUGCGAAGUAAGGAGUUCAAAUUUCUCCUACCAAAAGAAGAGAUCCAAGACUGUUGCCAAGAAGUCCUUAAUGGCGUGUUGGCUUUAGCAAAUUUUGUGGACCAGAAAAAGUGUAUAAAUUGUACAAUGUUUUCGAGAAAAAAAGCGUAAAUUGAAUGUAGCUGUUGUUUGGUAUCUGUUACUUUAUUGAAAUAGAAUAUUUUAUCUA